GAAACCGCGCAUGCUCAGCUGAGUCACACGUCCAGGCAGUUAAUGCACGGAUAUACACUUCUCAUUUACUUCCAUCCUAUAGCACGGUGACGGGUCUCUAAGCAGCCUGACACAGGAGAGAGAGAGAGCGGCUGAAGGCAGUUUAAGGGAGGGGGGCAGCAGCGGUCGAUGCUGGUGACGCAGGAAAAACACCCAACAGCAGACAAUAAACCAAUGAUCUGAUCUCAACACAGGCGUGUUAUUCAUAAUCGGGACAUCCAGGCACAUGCACGCGGCUGAGUAAUUAUUAAACAGCAUUUAAAUUAUCCAGUCUGGGGUCGUAUGGAGGAAAGAUCCAGUUUGAUUGUCGGUUAUGCAAUGGUCUCUGCAACUUAUCCAGUCCCCCAGGUGGUGCUUUCACUUUCAGAAGUGUGCCGGUUCUCCGUCGCUCCUAAGGAGAAACUGAUUUCUUCUUGUGUGCCAGCGACAUAAGCAGACAAGAUUGCAAAGAUCUGCCCCGUGUCGAGUAUGACGGCCACGACCCGUGGCUCCCCUGUGGGAGGGAAUGAUGGUCAGGGCCAGGCUCCGGAUGGCCAGUCCCAGCCACCCCUGCCCCAGAACCAGACAUCCUCUCCCAACUCAUCCAACGAGAACUCCCCAGUGAGCCCACCAGAUGACCAGGGUCAAGGGGACAGUCCCACUCCCCUGGAGGAGGAGGAGCCAGCUUUCCCCCACACUGAACUGGCCAAGCUGGAUGACAUGAUCAACAGGUUAGGGCUCGUAUCCUAUAUUUGGUCUAAUUAUGUUUAUGAUUAAAUCAGGAGCACUGGAGAUGAACUACAAGGAAAUUGAUUAAAUUAUAUUUAUUUAGGCUAUUA